AUGGGUGAUGGUUAUCGCUAUCUGGGACCUCUAUCCUCAAAUGAAUUUUCAUCUUUAUUCUUUGAUGACGAAUCAAUGUUUUUUCCAGCAAGUUCGAGCCUCUACAAAAAUAAAAUCGCCAACGAAUCGAACUCUUGUGAUACCAAGAUCAACACUACCAUUGCUAAAGAAAUCAUCAAGAUCAGAGCUGAAAUUAAUAAUGAUCUUACUGCAAAAAUAAAUUCCCGUGAUGCUAAUUAUGCAAUGGAAGCACAGAAUAUCAUUACCAUGAUUAAUGAUGCGUAUGAGAAAUAUAACGAAGUCAAACAGGUUCUAGAAACCUACCAUAAUAAUUUUAAUCAAAUUGUUAACGAAUUCGAAAUAAUCAGAAGAACUAUUACAACACUCCAAGACGAAAUCAAUCAACGAUACCUUAUCCAAAGCAUGAACAGAAGAGGGUCUGAUCAACAAAGUGAGGCAUCAGCAUCAAUACGAUCAUCAAAUUCUACAGGAUCUGAUCGAAUUCAAUAUUCAAAUAUUAGCUCAACCAUCUGGACCCACUUUAAAGAAGUAUUUGAUCAAGAAAGGAAUGCAAGAAAUCUUACCUUUGAUGAAAUGUGUAACAGGAUAGAGAUAUGCAUCCAAGACCUUGGUGGUAAAAUUAAAACAGCAACAAUUAAAAAUUUUUAUAAUAAUAGCACUAGUUGUAAAAGUUCUACACUUAAUGAUAUAGGUAGAUGGUUAGAUAGCAUGGAGUAG